AUGCUACUCGACGGCACCCUCGUCGGCGAUACAGGCGGGGAGGACUCGGACCUAGGAGGAGAGCCCUUCCGGUUCUGCAUGGGAUGCGGCAGCGUCAUCCAAGGCCUUGAGAUGGCGAUCCUGGAGCUCAGGGUCGGGAGCAAGGCGCGAGUGAUGAUCACUCCAGACCUCGCGUAUGGAACCAAGGGCCUCUACCCGUUCAUCCCCGCUAACGCUGGUCUAAUCUGCGAGCUCGAGCUUGUUGCAGCGAGCUCGAGCUGA